AUGUUCGCCAGAAACCCCAUACGCUACACCGAUGGAAUUACUCAGAGGUUUUCAAACAUCGAUUUCGCAGGCAUAGACAACGACGGGUGUGUUGCGUUCAUCGAAAGGUUCACCGGGGAAAAGUGUGAGACACUCUAUUACUGUCAACCUGAUAUUGAUUUUCCAAAAGGUUUAACUUUAAUUAGCAAUGACCCAAAUUAUUUCGACUUUAUAGCAAUUGCAUAUGAAUGUGGUGAUAUACUCCUUAUGUAUGUAGACCAUUUUGGGAAUAGUAACAUGCAUGAUGUAACGCCCGCAGAUUCGGGCUAG